AUGUCGAAAUCAAAGGAUAGCAGCUCCUCUGGGGGCUUCCACCAGGAAUACAUAGCUUCCCUGCGUUAUCGAAAUGAUCUCCCUCCUCCUGAUAUGCCCCCGAAGUUCCUCGACAUUCCGCAUGAAGGGCUUGAGAGGUUUCUUACCCCGGGGUUUGCUUCUAAUUUAGGCCGACGUGAAGAACCCAACAUUGAUGUCGACGCGGAAGGUGGUAUGCCAAUUGACCUGGUUGGUAUUCCAGGCUUGCAUCUGGGCGAUGAGAGCGCAAUCAUGGCAUCGGAAAACCCAGAACCAAUUGACCCCGCUGAUCUACCGCUUCUUUUGACACUCGACCAACUGAAAAACCCUGCGCCCAAAAAUUCCAAUGUCAGUUUCCUGCGCCGCACGCAAUACAUUUCCGCCGGUAUUCGCGCCCCUGAUGGACCAAAGGUCACGGCUAUCCGCCCUAAAUCGCGCCUCGAUAAGAAGUCUCAAGAUGAUCCGACAUAUGUUAAGAAGUAUCUCCUGAAGGGGUUUGAUAUUGCCUACCCGGACAGUAAACAUGUGGGUGAAGAUACACCAAGCCAAAUCAAAGGCCUCGCUCCAACAAAGCCUGAGACGGAUGCAUGGGCGCAACCUGUGCAUCCGGAUAACCCAAAGUUAAAACCCGUCGGCUACUAUCCACUUCUCCCCGAUUUACAAGGCUUCCCCGAUCCUGGAGGUUUCGUGCAGUUCAAAUUCGACAAAGCUCCAGUCCAGGGCUCCGGGGGAAAACGGGACGAGCGUAUGGACGUUGCGGUUCUGCUUCCCUCAGAGCCUGAGGAGCGUGUUGCGCAGGAAUACGCCACCAAGAAAGCCCUCCAUAAAUCUAACCCUAACCUGUACCAAGAUCCUGGUCCUGUCCCAUACGACUAUGACCUAUUCCUACCGGAGAAGAAGGAUUCGGUGAAGAACGUUCGAAACAGUUUACAUUUAUCCAACCCGGACCGCGACAAUGAAGAUCUCUACACCAAUGAGGGUGCUGACAAUAUGAAGUUCCACCGUUAUGAUCGCGCACGUACAUACGCCACAACCUCACAAGCACUUGGUAACCCCCAGAAACAAACGGACAUUGCAAUGACGCUUUACGACCCAGCGGAAGCAAAGGAUAAUAACACCACGCCAACACAGAAGGCCGCUUAUUACUAUCCACUUAUUGGAAAGACGCGCCUAAAGCCCGAGCGUGCACGAACCAUCGCCCAAGCGGGCCUCGCACCCACAAAGCCUAAAUCGAAGGAAGAUCAGGUUCACCAGAUGCAAGUUGUCGCUCGCGAUCCAGAGGAACUUGAAGUAUACAAACGAUCCACUUACCGCGCUGCCAUCGACCCCAAGUUCGCUAAAACGAUGCCCCCUCCCCCAGAGCCGGCUGAGGAACCCGAGCCCCAGCCAACCGAAGAGGCAACAGACGUACAACCGAAGGUAGACGAAGACGACGAUGACAGAAUGAGCGACGAAUGA